ACUUGGAUGAGUGCACUCUCGGCACUCACAACUGCUCGGCGGCUGAGACUUGUUACAACAUCCAGGGGAGCUUCCGGUGCCUGCUGUUUGAGUGCCCACCGAACUACAGAAAAGUCUCAGAUAUGAGAUGUGAACGGACCAGCUGCUUCAACUUCCUGGAUUGUCAGAACACCCCGGUGCGGAUCACGUACUACCAGCUCAAUUUCCAAACCAACAUUGUGGUGCCCGCUCACAUCUUCCGCAUUGGACCCUCCCCAGCCUAUACUGGUGACAAUAUCAUCUUGACCAUUACGAAAGGAAAUGAGGAAAAUUACUUUAGUGCCCAGAAACUCAACCCCUAUACAGGGGUCGUCUACAUUCAGAGGCCAGUCAAGGAGCCACAAGAUUUCCUUCUAGAUGUUGAAAUGAAACUCUGGCGCCAGGGGACCUACACCACUUUCCUGGCCAAAAUCUACAUUUUCAUCACAGCCCAUGCUUUCUGAGGCAGACAGGGGUGGACAUUGGGACUGGCCAUCCUCUGCUCUUUAAUCAUUCUACCAAAGCCUAAUUAGUCCUGGGGAAGUGGCUUUCACUGUAUCUGGCACCUUUAUUAUUUUUCUAUUGUUGCUUGAAACAGCAUUAUUAUUAUUUUGUGAAUUAACUUAAUUUUUACCUACUUGUUUCUUCUCUAGUUUGUUGAGUUUUCCCCUUAAAGUUGUGCUAGAGGAAAAGUCCGUAUACGUGAAGUUCUGUUUUUCAGUGACAUCUUUAGCAGAGAAAGCAAGAGAACAGAAAUUGGUAGCUAGGAGUGUGUCCAGUAAGGGUAGCAUGAGGGACAUCUGACCAUUUUGUAUGAGAAGCAAUUGAAGGACCUGAGGAUGUGUAACCUAGGGAAGAGAAGGUUUGGGGCCUUUU